AUGGAAAACGAGAAACAACAACCUCCAGUUUAUAGAGACGAGGAAUCUGACCAUUCUAUGGGAGAACCGGGAUACUUUACUGCAUCCGAUGGCCAUAGAAAACGGUCCAGAUCCCACCAAUACGACUAUAUGCACCCACCUUAUGUAGGGGGUGCAGAUGCGUACUAUUAUAGUUCGCCAUACUACUCUGACAGCCCUUCAGUACCUUAUGACUACUACAGGGGCUAUACCACUGCGGAACCAACCCAAGCUGCUAGUGGACCAUCUGACCGUACCAAGGGGUCAUCUCGUCGUGAAGAACGUCGUGAAGAACGUCGUGCGCGUGAACGCCAUGAACGCAGUAGAGCCUAUGCUCAAGGUCACCCUCACCCUCAUCCUCACCCUCACCACCAACACCCACACCCACACCCACAUGCCGUUGCUCAGCCACCUUCCAAUCAACUUUACAACCCUUGGUACGCCCAGGGUGGUGCUGCUGCUGGAGCUCCUAUUACUAAUGGUCACGGGGCAUAUCCACACGAUGUUGCUAAUACGAGCGAUGAGCUUUACAGAGAUGGAUCGUAUGCGUACGCCUACUCUCCUCCAGAAAAGCGUAGACGUGGCACUGCCAAGCGCACGUUGAUGCUCAUGAUGGUGUUGAUCACUUCCUACUUCAUGUUCUCUCUCGGUCGUGUCUAUGAGAGUAGAGGCGAAGUGAAGCUUUUCAGCAUGCAAGGACGUUCUCUUCCAGAAUGUAUGCCACGUCCUCGUGGAGGAUGUGGUGGCAGGAGAGGUCGUCAUGGUCCUAAUGGUCCAAACGGUCCUCAUGGUGGUCCUCCACAUGGCGGUCCACAUGGCGGUCCUCACGGCGGUCCACUCGAUGGUCCACUUGACGGUCCACUUGAUGGGCCCCACGGUGGUCCAAUUGGCGGCCCUUACGUUGCCCCCCACGAAGGUCCUAACGACCCUAGUCGUAAACAUCAUAAACCUAACCCAGACCAAGCGUUUGAACACAAACCAAUUUCAGUUGAAGAUUCCCAAAUUCCCGAGCUUAUGAUCGAUGUCAGUGACGUUGCUCCACCUCCUGGACCUCCACCUCACAUUCCUGCGGAAAUUGCUGGCAAUGAAAAUGGUGACAGAGUUUGA